AUGUCGCUCACCAUUGAACUCGGCGGCUACGACGAAGAUGUGCCGUUUCUCAGCCCCCUGGCACGCCACAGCUUCGAUGUCCAACAGGAGACUGACGACUCGCAAGAUAGCGACAGCAGCUCUGUCGAUGAUGAUGAUGAUGACGACUCGUCAUCACGCAGGAUCACCGGAGCAGCAUGGUGGCAGGCUAGCUCUCCCUCGUCCAUCGUCAUCUUGCUCGCCCUCGUCAAGUUCACCUGCGUCCUGUGCGGCCUCCUGAUGAUGAUGCCGGUCUACCAGUUCAUCGAGGAUACCUUUUGCCACAUACACUACGGGGACGAUUCGCCGGGCUUCAUGGAUGAGAUGGCCUGCAAAGUGGACGAGGUGCAAUCGUCGUUAGCCUUGAUGACGGGGUGGCAGGGGCUUUUGGGUGGGGUCAUGAAUCUGAUCACCGCCUACCCCUACGGAUUACUGGCCGACAGGAUCGGCCGCAAGCCUACGGCCCUCUUCGCCUACGCCGGCAGCGCUGCGUCCUUCUACUUGACGCCCCUGGCCAUGGGCCCGUCCAAGUACCUCGUCCGCGAGAGCCCGUACAUCAUGCUGUUCGGCACCGCUUUCGUGCUUCUCGGCGGCGGGAUGCAUGUCUUCUUCUCUACGAUGUAUGCCAUGGUGUCUGAUGUGAGCACGGACAAGGACAAAGCUUCCAACUUCCUGUACAUCACCAUCGGGUCCGCGGCAGGCGGUCUCAUCGGUCCGCUCCUUGCCGGUCUCUUGAUGGAGAAGUUUGGGCCGUGGGUUCCCGUCACGAUCGUCCUGUACAUCUCGCCCGUCGUGUUUCUCAUCUUUCUCUUCAUCCCCGAGACGCGCACCGGCAAGGAGAUGAAGGGCGAACCGACCUCAUCAAAACCCGCCUACGACGACGACCAGCCGACUCUGGUCGUGAUCAAGGGUCACCUGAAGGACGGACUUGUCGACAUGCGCAAGUCGCUGGUGAUCCUGCGCGACCGCAACGUCCUCCUGUGCCUCGUCACCUUCUUCUUCAUAAACGCUCGCUGGACGGCCAGCUCGUCGACGCUAGCGCAGUACAUCAGCAAGAACUUCGAGUGGAAGCUAGCCGAGGCCAGCAUACUGCUCUCCCCUCUAGGACUGGUCGAGAUGCUCGUCCUCGCUUCUCUGCCGUUUCUGUCCAAGAGGCUCAUGUCGAGCCGUAGGGGCUGCACCGCAUUCGACAAGGACAUGCUCAUCUGCCGCAUGUCCUUCCCCAUGCUCUUCCUAUCGGCUCUGAUCCGCGCCGUGAGCCCCAGCGUCGUACCUUUUCUGUUCGGCCUAUUCGUCGGGGCCUUUGGGGCCGCCCAGAUUCCCGUCGCCAGAGCCAUCAUGUCGGCCCAUGUCAACCCGGCCUACACCUCGCGGCUGUACGCGCUCACCUCCAUGGUUGAGAUUGCCGGGACCGUCGUGGGGGCGCCGGUGCUGGCAUGGUGCUUCAAACGUGGCAUGAAACUUCAGGGUGUGUUGACGGGACUUCCCUGGCUCUACCUCUCGCUCGUGUAUCUGCUCUCGUGGGUGGCGCUGGGGUUCGUGCGCCCGCCACCCAUGAAGACUUUGGAGAAGGAUGGUGCAUGUCGUCUGGACGGCGAGUACGGAGUUUAG